AUGAGAGCAGGUUGCAGGCCCGCCCUUUGGAACUGCCUAUUUCUGUCAGGCCCCUGCUGGGUGCCAUCGACUUUCCAGGUGAGCGUUGUUGACAGAACCUUCACAGCAAGCCGACAUCCUGCCAAAAUCAUCCCGAGCCUGGUCACACAGUCAUCGGCCCAUCUCGUUUGUGAUCACAACACUCCCGAGGUCGUACCAUUGUCGCUGCCAGGCCUUAUCGUUGAUGAUCAAUCAUGUCAAGAGGGUCCGAUGGUGGAGCCUCAAAGCUCCUGGCACGCCGUGUCGCCAGCGCGUGCUUGGCCUUCUCCGCCGAACCGCUUGACGCACGAGGAGCAUGUGCGGAAGCUCGAGGAGUAUCUCAGAGACCUUCAGGAUAUGCCUGAACUGUUGUCAGCGACCAUCGAGUUGAAACAAGAGGUCUCUAACAUCAUGGCGCAGCUCCGAGAGCGAUCUCUAUGA